AUGGCUGAAAAUAGCAAGGUGUUAUGUUCUGCACACCAUAGUAAAAACAGCGGAACAACUUCUACACCGAAUGAUUACGCUCAGUAUUUUCUGAUAAAAUUGAAUAAUCCUACUAUACCAGAUACGUCCUUUAGCAAAGUGUCCCCCUUUUUAAUACAUAAAGCUCUUCUCUCCGUACUGGGAGAAGUCACUUCCGUUAAAAAGAUACGAUCAGGUGACCUCUUAAUACAGGUCUCCUCUUCAAAACAAGCCGACACCUUAUCCAAAUGUAAUGUCAUGUGCUCUUUCGAUGUAACAGUUACGCCCCACAAUACUCUCAAUUCCUCUCGAGGUGUAAUUUCGGAAUCCGAAUUUUUGAAUGAUACCGAAGAAAUGAUUCUGGAAGAACUACAAGAGCAAAACGUAACAGCUGUCAGAAGGAUCAAGAUUCGUAGAGAUGGUAAACUCAUCCCUACGAAACAUCUAAUCCUUACUUUCAGUAAACCACAAAUUCCAUCUUCAAUUAAAAUGGCUUGGCAUAACUGCCCAGUGCGACCUUAUGUUCCAAACCCUUUACGAUGCUUUCAGUGUCAAAGGUUUGGACAUUCAAAACAAUCCUGCCGUGGUCAACCUGUAUGUGCUCGCUGCUCUGGUACUGGCCAUUGCGACACAUCCUGUGAGUUGCCAUCCCUUUGCAUCAAUUGCAAGGGUGAUCAUGUUGCAUACUCCAGGAGUUGUCCAAAAUGGUCCCUAGAGAAAGAAAUACAAACCGUUAAAGUCUUGCAAAACCUGACGUUCAAUGAAGCUCGCCGAAUCGUCACCGCCCGUACACCUCGUCCAGGCGUGUCGUAUUCCACGGCUGUUAAGACUUCUUAUUGUUCUGUCAGUACGCAAACUGAUUCCGUAACACAAAAAUGUAGCACAAAUAAACAAAUUAAGCUCCCAACGCCAAGACCUCAAUUUAACUUUACCGAACCAUCAACCUCUAAUAGAACCACUUCACCUCCACCUAGCAAAACAUCUAAACUAGAUAAUUCUGAAAAAAAUCGACCUUGUCCAAAACAAAUCCCUUCAAAAAAACUACCCCCAAGUCUUAAGCCUGGAUAUUCUCGAAAGAAAAAAGAUGCAAAGUACAUUCAACCUUUUAAUCAACCCACUUCUGCUGAUUUGCAGAAGAUGGACGUUGAAGUGGAGUUGUCUUUGCAUCCUUCUGACGACGAAUGUCUACUCGACUAA